GUCGUAGCCGCCCACCGGACCUGCUCAUCCAAGCGUGGGUUCGUCCGUGACACUGGCAGUGUCUGUGGGCCAAACUCUCGUGGUCCUCCGCUUCUAGACCUGCACAUCAAGUUUGCCUCUGCGGGUGUCAAAUGAUCCAUAAUUUAUUGUCCUUGAUUGAAGGUCGUACGGGGCAUUCUUCCAGUUUAUCUGAUCGCGUUGGCUGUUAGCCAUUGUACAGUCCUAGUCGCCGGUGACAGGCUUGCUGUUAUUACGGCUGCACGCAAUCCUGAUCCUGCCGGGCUGUUCAUCUGUGUGCCGUUCAAGUUCACGAUCCAAUGGCCCCCAGCCUUCAGGCAGCCCAGAUGCACAACGGUUAUGCUCGCAUUUCUCCUCGGCUUUGGUGAACCCGGCGCAAAUCAUGAAGAAAGAACGUUAGGAUUUCACGGCACAUCUAGGACUGAGCGCACGAAUACACUGCCUGCCUCUCGUUAGGUAUUGAUGGCAGAGGGGCAAAAUGCGGUCAUGGCUGACUCGCCAGAGACGGCGAGAUCGAGGGACAAAGUUCAUCACACCGUGACUGCCUGCGUGCGGUGCAGGCAGCGUAAAACUAGAUGUGACCCUGCCUUGCCUCGGUGCGGACCCUGCGAGAGAAGCAAUGCCCAUUGCGAGUACUACGAUUCGGUCAAGAACAGAACAAUACCCCGGGCGUAUAUCACUUCCUUGCAAGAUACCGUCCGCAGACUCAACGAAGAACUAAAGGUGUUGGACAAUGAGCAGGACGACGAACCUGACCACGAGGCCAUGGCGCGGGCUGCCGGCCUGGUCAAAUUCAGUGAGAACGACGACUGUCGCUUUCUGGGGCCGUCCAGCGGGAUUGCCAUCACGCGCUUUGUCAUGGAGUUCGCAAAGCAGAACUCGGCCAAGAGAACAAUCCAAGACGUCGUGCCACAUCAUGCCGCGCAAGAGAUCAAGCAGAAAUUCGAUGCCGAGAGUGGUAAGCCGACCUCCAAGGUAUACCCUCUGAUCAGCUCCGUUGCCGCGCCGGACCUACCAAACCGUGAACUCAUGGAUCGCUUGGUCGAGAUUUACAUGGUCAAGGCUCAAUACAUGCUCCCUUUGCUGCACGAGCCCUCUUUUCGUUCUGAACUGCAGGCAGUCUACGAGGGCUCCACGGAUGUGACGCUCAACUUUCAAGUGCGCAUGGUAAUCGCCAUCAGUAUGCAGAAACUUGACACGCAAUACGCCGGUCUUGCUGACAGCUACUAUCUGGCUGCCUUGCCGUUUCUGACCGGAGCAGUGCAAAAGAUGGAUUUGUCGACGUUGCAAUGUUUCGCCCUCAUUGCUCAGUAUUCACUUCUCACGCCGACAAGGACGGCAGCAUAUUGGGUUGUGGGAAUCGCCGCAAAGCUAUGUCAGGAACUAGGACUGUGUGAAGAAGAGACAAUUCUUAAGCCGCCUUCAGGGCCUCGCCCGAAUCAUCUCGAAGUCGACAUGCGACGACGGUUGUUUUGGAUCAUCACAUCGAUGGAAUACGGCCUGGCUCACAGCCUCGGAAGGCCAAGUGCAUUCGGCGUCACGGUGGACAACAUCAACGUCAAUUUCUUCGAGCUUUGCGAUGAUCGAUUUAUUACUCCGGAUGGACUGCUUCCAGGACAUCAUCCGAUCAUGAAGAAAUGCAUAUCAAUUCAUUUCUUCAAGAUGCGGCUCCUACAGGCCGAGAUUAGGCGGACGUUGUACCUCCGAAAGCGCGAAACUCCAACUUCGGACAAGGACCCUUGGUUUAGUAUGAUGCUGAAAAAGAUCGACGACUGGGUCCGGGAUUGCCCCAAGAAUGACGAAGGCUCAGGGCUGAGCGAGAGUUGGUUCAUCGGCCGCAAAAACACCAUGAUAGUAUUCAUGUACCGGCCCUCGCCGCAGAUUCCCAUUCCGUCCUUCGAAGCGGCCCAGCGAUGCUACGCUGCAGCGGUCUUCAACAUUCAAUUACAAAAACGCCAGGUCGAAGCACGUCUAAUCGAUAUUACCUGGAUUUUCACCCAGGCCAUUUUCAUGGCCCUGAACACCGUCCUCUGGAGUCUAUCGUACCCAGGAAUUCGUCAGCAGCACCCGAUCGAGGAAGUCCAGUUGCACAUUCAAGACGCGUUGAAGGCGAUCGAUCUAUGUGCCGACCGAUGGCCUGGAGUCCGAUCCGCGCAGCAACUGUACGAAAACCUUGUGUCUGGAUGUCUCAAGGCUUACGAGGUGGACAAACUCGCCGUAUCCCAAUCCCCACAGUCUGACUACGUCUCAUCAUCGACCAAUACUCAGGAUGUGAGUUCGUCCGCAACAACGUCACAAUUCGACAAUAGCCCUGCGAGCACUACCAAUACCUCACUCUAUGGCGCCCAGUCACCGCAAUCGGUCCACAGUGCACACACCACUGCUGGUCACCGCCAUACAUUCAAGAACGCGGCAACUGGCUACGUCGAUUACCACCACCACCCUCAGUCAUACCAGUCUGGACCUCCCACAUCCAGCCAAUCACAUCAGCUUAGUCCAUCGUACGCGACGGCCACCAGCACUGGCACCUCUCCGAUCCCACGUGGAACAUCGGAACACAUGCAAUCUCUCCAUUACAGUCUCCCUGGAUUCGACCCUUACAGUAUGGCCGCAGAUGCAUCGGGCGGUCUCUGGAGUAGUACUGCUGCGCCAGCUAUGCCUGGCAUCAUCCCCGGCAUCACCACGCAUUCACCAGAUAUGAAUUAUGAGGAACUUCCCUACUUGGCGCCAUUUGGCGAGGAGUAUUCGCGAUAUAUGCAGCAAUCGUACCCGUCGACGUAUCAGAUGCAGUCUCUGAGUCAACAGCAGCAGAUGGAACUCAUGGAGUCUCUGGAGCAGAGCCAGCUGCCGGAUGUCUCGAAUCUUGUGAGCGAUGCCACGACAUUUUAUUCCGCCCAACUGCCCUGAAAGGAAAGACAAAAGCGAGCGAGCAGCACAUUGCAGUUCGUCUUCGAGUUCUCUUCCGUCUAGAAAGACGGAGUGGACUCCGCACGAGGCUGGCUGUGUCCAGCUUAUGCUUAUCCUGCCAGGAUCAUCCCUCAACAGUCAGUCACUAUACAGUGGUAGUCUUUCCACUGGCCGAAGACUAUGGGUGGACCGUGUUAGAUCAGCCGCUAUGUUACCUCAAACAAGACAACGGAAUUGGCCACAUUCCGUGGCGCCGCGGUUCAGAAUCUGAGGCAGGCUAGACCGUACUCGAUGAGUUUGCGGCUGCCACUGCCAUGCCAGGACCCCCUGGCAAAGCACACACACUGAAGGCAACCUCAGCUGCUAACGGCAUAAACUUACCCUAUCCAUGCAGCUCAUCCCGACCCUUCAAUGGGUUACGCGUGCCCCUAGGAUCCACACAUCCUCGUUGGCAGUACUACAAAUAUCUUGGUGGUCCAUGCCGACAUCUUACCAGAAGACCUACCGCUAUUCGGAAUUGGUUGCAAACGCACGGAAUCUGGAACUCGGCGUCAAGAGUGUUGGUGUAGUCUCAUAGAGAGCCAGAGCCACAACGAAACUGGUCAGGACAGAAAAGAGAGAGAGAGAGAGGGAGGGAGGGAGGGAGGGAGGGAGGGAGAGAGAGAGGGAGCAGUAACGCGCGUCUCGAGAACGAGUCGCCUAAAAGAGGAGACGAUUGCAAUGGUUACUGGCGCGGGCGCCGCCCUCCUCGUAUACCUCAGCUGUAUAUACAGUACCAAGAUGAUCAACUUUAAGGUCUAGAAUACUCUGGAGGAAAAAGUAAAGUCAUUUUCGGCCGUACCAGUACCACCGGACGAGUCCCAACCCUGGCGUGACAGUUCGUGUCCCCUCUAGUUUACGUACCUACUGGUAGGUAGUGAAAGCAUCCUCAAGUGAAAUACCUAAGAAGGCACCAAGUACAGUACUGUACCCGUACCGG